AUGAUCACCCUCGGGAACAGUGCAUUCAAGCCAUACUAUCGUGAGGGGACCCUCGUCGACCCAGCAGCCGAUGCACCACAAAAGUCGGUCAGCGAGUCGCCGGAGAACCCGAUGGACCUCAUCGCGCAGUUGAGCCUGCUCGCUAACUUGAAGAGCCAGCUUGACGCCCAAUCCCUGACCCUGCCUGGCCUCGGCGAUCUUCAAGAAACCAUGCAGAACGCGGCCUCGAAUAUCCUACAGCAGUUUGGCCUCUCCUCCCAACUGCCGCCGAUCCCGACCACCUUGGCGUCGAUUGAGCAGCUACUGGGCGGACAGCCACCUGUUCCGGUGACGCUAGCCCCCCCGGUCCCGUCCACCUCUCAACCUCCGCCACCUCAACCUGCCGCUCCGCUGGCUGCGCCUCUUUCGGCUGCGACUCCCGUGUCCGCUUCCGCGGAUGAGGGUACCAAGAAUAAGCGGAAACGGACGACCUUCACUAACGCGCAGCAGGUCAAGCUCGAGAUGGAGUACAACCAAGACCAAUACAUGCCGAGGUCGAGGAGAUUGGCCGUUGCGGAUUCUUUGCGACUUACGGAAAGUCAGGUGAAAACUUGGUUCCAAAAUCGACGUGCAAAAGACAAGAAGACCAGUCGUGUCAAUGAAUCCGCGGCAGCAGCCGGAGUGCAACACUCACGAUCCAGCGACAUUCCCUCCCCACCCAGGCUGAAGCCGUCCCCUCCAACAUCUGCCAACCUCCCAAUGCCAAUCGUCCUUCCCCCAUCAUCUGUACCAACAUCAUCAACCUCGACCUCCUUACCAUCAUCCUCAAUCUCGGCUUCACUUCCGCCUCUCCCACCUCCUCCGACCCUUCAGCCCAUCUCCAUCCCGGCCAUUACCAGUCCGGAAGCUAUUUUUGCGUCUACGGUCUCAACCCCGACAUCACUGUCCCAUACCCCACUCCCGCUGCCGCCACUACCGUCAUUCCCCGUAUCACGCCAAAACGACUUCCUUCCCCAAAUCCCGGAUCUGACGGCUUUCCCGUAUAAUCAUCUGAAUGGGCUGCAUCCGAUCAAUCUGGGACAGAUCCAGGUCGGGCUAUGCGACUUUGGCAGUUUGACGGCCGGCACGCCGAAGACGAAUGAGCCGAACUUCCCGAGCGACCUCUACCGAGCCUUCGGCUAUCAAGAUACCCGAACGACGCCACUCCAAAAUUUCGGAUUUGGGAGUCUCGAGCCCCUGCUGCUCCCUGGCGGCCUCGAACCGUUGAAGCCUCCCCAGUUGCUCAGCACACAAUUAUCGUACUCGUCGACCCCGUCGGCAACUGCCGUCACCCCUCCCAUGCACCAGGGAAAU